AUGGAAGAAGUCCUAUCAGAGGGAAAAAAUUUCAAGUUGGUAGACGAAUCAGAGCUUCCAGAUAUAAUUGACUUCCUGGCUAAUUAUUUACCGGAUUCUAUUAAGCCGAAUAGUAAAUUAUACGAAAGCUUCAGUGUGUUUUGCCCCUGUGAUCAAUUAGAAAACAUAAAACUAUUGACAGACGAAGACAUAUUAAUCGACUGGACUCAACCUAUUUAUCUGAACUUUACUCACGCCAAGAUAAUGGAAAAAAUAGAGGAAAUUUAUAGCGAACAAGGGACGAUGGAAAAGAUGUAUGGAGAAGUUUAUGGGGUAAAUAAUGACGACACUUACAAUGAGGAGGAUGGUGUAAAGGCGGUUCUCGCAGAGGACGCGGAGAUGAUGCAGCUGUCGCCCGAGCAUGCUCAAAUGAUUCAUGACUUGUACCCGGCCAACCAUAUGGAAUGUGUGGAAGUAUUCGAAAAACUCAUCAAAAAGCUACCUUGUUACGGAAUAUUUUCAACUACUGGAGAUUUGGCCGCUUGGAUGGUACAGUCUUACUACGGCGCCAUGUUUUCAAUGCAAACGCGACCUGAGUAUAGGAGAAAGGGAUAUGGACUGAUUCUUGCUAAGUACCUGACCAAACUGGUAAAAGAGCGUGGUUACAUGCCAUUCGUAGUGAUCCGUCCUGAAAACGACGCCUCUAAGGGCCUCUAUACGAAGUUAGGUUUCAAAAAGUACUUCGAGACGAAUAAACUUAAAAUGGUCCAAGAGAAUUCUUAUAUUAAAGAUUUUAACAAUUUUGAUAAACAUUCCAAUUGGAUUUGA